CAUGGUAAGCUACCCAUGCCCUCCGACGAGGAUUACAACAACAUUGACCCUGUAACAUACGAGGGAAUUUUUUAUCAAGAGCAAGAGAACUUUGGGGAUUUCGAAAUAGAAAUUGGUCUUGAGGACCUCGAGAACGAGGCACAUCUUCAUGGUGAAACAGUGGUGGACCUAAAGGACAUACAAAUGCUCACCAAGUUACAUGAGGGCAAUGGGUUCAAUGAUGAGCCUCCACCGGACAUUCCCACCCAACCUCAUUACUCACAUGAUACUGAUAGUGAUAGUGAAAAUGAGAACCCAACGCCUCGUUAUGAGAACCCAAUGCCUCAUUAUGAUAGUGAUGAUUCGAGGUGAUUGAUCAAUAUGAGCGGAAGCAAGCAAUCCAUGAACUCCAUUCUGAAGAGCAUGAGCCAACAGAAGUUCACCGGGACCACUAGAAGUGGAAGACCAACGCGUGCCAGCUCGCGUUAC